GUCCAGUCAACUUUAUCUUAUCGUCGCUUCGGAAUAAAAAUUACCUGGUUGCGAUUUACCCCUCCUUGCGCUCCCUGAAACCGUGGAACCUCGAUAUUUUCUCAUUACGCAAUCCGCAUUCCGAUCUAUUUAGCCAACCGUAAUUUUUCCAAACAUAACACAACUCGCUCGCGAAAAGACAACAAUUGUCAAUAACUGUUAUGGCGGCAACCAAAGAUGCACAGUUCCCUUGCGUGUUAACUAUUGAGGUGCCAUUCCCAACACCUCGAUUAGCAUCUAUCGCUCUCAAGACGUUGCAGGUAGACAAAGAACUGUCUCCGCUAGUGCAGCGAAAUUUCUCUACUGGCAAAUUAAAUGAUGAUGCCGCCAAUGGAGAUGUAGGAGGAAAUAUUUUACAAAUUGAGUAUAAGGCUACGACGAACAGGAUGCUCCGAGUAGCUGUCAACUCCUUCAUGGACAGCUUAAAUCUAGUACUUGAAGUCAUGCAAGAACUCGACACGGAUGUUAUAGCUGCAAAUAACAUCGCAGCAUGAGCGGAGCAAAACAAAUAUCCCUUUCACCAGGACCGUUCUAGAGUUAUGGACUGGAAUGUCAAACGCUCAGACGUGAGUAUCAGAGUGAACACGAAUACUGAAACGAAACAGAUUAUUAAGACAUAUCGCAAAAGACACCAAGUUCGGUCUAGCGACCUAG